CUGUGCUCGUUUCCGGUGUUUUCGUACUUCCGGUUAGUAUCUGCAGCACUCGUUUACUUCGCUUAACGGACUUUGUCGUGAAGAAUCAAACUUUGUGCCACGGGUAAAAUUCAAAUAUAUUUAAAAAGUAACCACUGCUAGUUGUUAUGGAUUGUGCAUAGCUAACUUUAGCGUAUAAGUGGUUUAGUUCGCUGCGUGUGGCUAACGGGGACAGCUAAUAGUGCUAACUAACGAGCUAUCCCUCCUUUUUUUUUUGUUCGGAAUCCGAUCGUCUGUUUUCGUCUUUUGGUGAAAACAACGAAAAUAAGUCGUCAGCAUGGACGCAACGCCGCGGUGCCAAUAACAGAAAGAAGGUCAGGCCACUAUCAGCAUCAAGAUGCUAACCUAGAAGCGGCUUGCUGCAGUGACCUCUCAGUCCAGUUGUCAGCCGUCAUUUAGAGACCAUGUCGGAGAACCAGAACAACAACAACAUCCCCCUCAACAACAACAACAUGGGGCCCAACAGGAUCCGCAACCCCAACGUCAACCAGAACCCGCUCAUCAACGUCAGGGAUCGCCUCUUCCAUGCGCUUUUCUUCAAGAUGGCCGUCACCUACGCGCGCCUCUUUCCGCCGUCGUUCAGGAGGGUGUUUGAGUUCUUCGUCCUUCUUAAGGCGCUCUUUGUCCUCUUUAUCCUCGCGUAUAUCCACAUCGCCUUUUCCCGCUCACCCAUCAACUGUCUGGAGGAGGUGAGGGAGCGCUGGCCCCGUGACGGCAUCCUGCGCGUUGAGAUCCAGAGGAACUCCAGUCGGGCCCCCGUCUUCCUGCAGUACUACGACCCAGAGGAGGGAGGCACGGGCGGAGGCAUCGCCGGACUUAGUCUGGCAGCGCUUCAAGAGGAAGAGGAGGAGGAGGAAGACGAGAUGAUGGUGGAGAUGUUUGACAACAGCUCAGUGCAGUUUGAGCUGGACUUGGAGCCUCGUCUGAAGCCGUCUCUGAAGGGGCGAGUGGGAACAGUCGACGAAGGUGCGGCAGGAGGGGCGAACACCAGCCAGGAUGUCGCCUUUAGUCAGGGCACGAAAGGUACGCAGCGCCAGGAUCGUGGUGCGCCACUUCCCUGCUCAUCCUCACAGAGUUGCUUUGUUGUUCUAGCGUGGCCUCUGGAGGAGUACAUGGUGGAAUAUUCCCUGGAGUACGGCUUCCUGCGUCUGUCUCAGAGCACGCGGCAGAAGCUUAACAUCCCCGUCAUGGUCGUCACGCUGGAUCCGACUAAGGACGAGUGUUUUGGCGACGGCUUCAGUCGCCUCCUGCUGGAUGAGUUUCUAGGCUACGACGACAUUCUGAUGUCCAGCGUGAAGGCGCUGGCAGAGAACGACGAGAACAAAGGUUUCCUCAGGAACGUGGUGUCUGGGGAACAUUACCGCUUCGUGAGCAUGUGGAUGGCCAGAACCGCCUACCUGGCUGCCUUUGUCAUCAUGGUCAUCUUUACUCUGUCAGUGUCCAUGCUGCUCAGAUACUCUCAUCACCAGAUCUUCGUCUUCAUCGUGGACCUCUUGCAGAUGUUGGAGAUGAACAUGACCAUCGCUUUCCCAGCAGCCCCUCUGCUCACAGUCAUCCUUGCCCUCGUCGGUAUGGAGGCCAUCAUGUCUGAGUUCUUCAACGACACGACGACGGCCUUCUACAUCAUCCUCAUCGUGUGGCUGGCAGAUCAGUACGACGCCAUCUGCUGCCACACCAACACCAGCAAACGCCACUGGCUGAGGUUCUUCUAUUUGUAUCACUUUGCCUUCUACGCAUAUCAUUACCGCUUCAAUGGUCAGUACAGCAGCCUGACGCUGGUCACCUCCUGGCUCUUCAUCCAGCACUCCAUGAUCUACUUCUUCCACCACUACGAGCUGCCCGCCAUCCUUCAGCAGAUCCGCAUCCAGGAGAUGCUCCUGCACAACCAGCAGGCGGGUCAGGCCAACCAGACGGCGCUGCAGGACAGCCUCAACAACAACAACGCUGCCGCCGGGCCGCCGGAACCCGCCACCGCCGCCGCGCCCCAAACCGGACUCGCCUCCGUCGCCCAGCCCCAGCCUGAGACGCCACCCUCCUCCGCAGAAUCCCCUCCCGCACCGGGCGGCGGCGAGGUGCGCUCGGAGCUAAACUGGGUGGCGCAGACAGCCGCCAUCAUCACCGAGGCGCUGUCCUCCACUCACCAGGAGGGGGUAGCCACGUUGGACGCCAUCCAUCGCCAGGACCCUCCACAUCCAACCGCUGAAAUCAGUGUGGUGGCAGAGUUCUGGAUGGGAAGUGCAGCGGUUGGAGAGGGAGGAGCUACAGGAGAAUGCGAAUCAAGCACCGAAGGAAGAGCAGCAGAUGCAAACGUCUCCAUAGCAACAAAACCCUCGGGAGGAGCUCCUCCAGCUGGAGUGGCAGACAGUGUCGGGGAUCAGGGGGAGGGCACUCCUCAGACAGACUGCCCCCCCUCGCAGGCGGCCGAUACAGACUGCACAGCGCAGCAGAGCUCCUCCCAAGCGUCCUGAGGUAUCGUCAUGGCGAUGAUAUCCCCCUGGGAGUAUCACACGAUGCACGUUCGCCCUCCCACGUGCACGCUGAACAGGAAGUAAAAGCAAAACGCUCUCCGGCUGCCAUGAGCACGUGAAUAAUCAAUAAUCAAUGUGUGGUGGAGGUGGUCAUCUGUUCCGAUAAUGACACUCUUUUAAUGAUUAAAUAUUGACUGAUUGGUCUAGAAAUAGGAGAUAAAGCAAGAUCACCAUUGAUACUUUUUUUCUAAUAAACAGAGGAAAGAAAA